ACUCUUUAACAUGAUGCUAGCAUGAUGCUAUGAGUUUCAAAAGUGCAUCUUGUAAAAGGGAUAGUUCACCUAAUAAUAAAAAUGAUGUUUUUCUCAUCAUUAUGUUUUUUUUAAUCUGUAUGAAUUUCUUUUUUUUCUGAUGAACACAAAAUAAGAUGAUAAAUGAUGGUAAGCACACAGCUGAUUGUAACCAACCCUUACGAAAAUUAACCAUGGUUUUAUUGUAGUAAAAUGUGUAGUAAUGUUGUCAGAGCCAUAGUUAUUUUGUGUUUACCAUGGUUUUACUACAUUAACAGUUUUUUUAACUGUAGUAAAAUCAUGGUUAAUUUUCGUAAAGGAUUGAUUUUCAUAAUAGGAUAAACAAAUCAAUUGGAAUGUAAUGGGUACCGUCAACCUUUUGCUUACAAUCAUUUAUCAAAAUAUCUUUUGAGUAAAAGUGAUGACAGAUUUUUUUUUUACACAAGUAAACAGUAGGUGGCGCCAGUUUUAAGACGCACCAGAGAAGAACACGAAGAAGAAGAGUAGUAGUCAUUCAAAACAAAGAUGGCGGCGCCCGUAGCAGAAACAGCGAAGAGUGCACACGUGGAGAAAAAGAAUAAGAAAAAGCCUGUGAAACGUUAUUGGGAGAUUACAGAAGACACAGGACAGAAAAGGCAGGACCAGGAAAAUCCAGAUCAGACCACAUCAACAAAUAACACAGGACCAUUGAAAAAAAAGAAGGCUGGAGAGAGCCAAUCAUGGAAAGAUGACCCUUUCCCUGGUGAGACCCCUAUACCACAGAAACAGCUCCAGAAGUUUCAGAGAGGAGCUGAACAUAAAGUGCCUGCAGGGGCUCAUAGGAAACUGAAGGAGGCCAUUGUGUGGUCUAAGACGGUGUCUGAACUCGCACAGAAACAAGCUGCACGAUACGAUCUCUUACUACCAGAAGAUGCUGGUUUCUUGGAAGGAGAUGAUGAUGAAGACACGUGCAGGAUCUCUCAAGAGGACAUUGCAGAUGCAGUCGACAUCACGUCUGGAUCAAAGUACUUCAACUUACAUCUUACCCAGUUUGGACCAUAUAGGAUUGACUACAGCAGAACUGGACGGCAUCUGCUGUUGGGUGGAAAGAGAGGUCAUGUGGCCUGUAUUGACUGGCAAACGAAAAACCUCACAUGUGAAAUGAGUGUCAUGGAAACAGUGAACGAUGUGAAGUGGCUUCACACGGAGGCCAUGUUUGCUGUAGCACAGAAGAAGUGGCUUUACAUCUAUGACUCGAAAGGCACAGAGCUCCACUGUGUGAAGAAAUUCAAUGACGUCUUGAAAAUGCAGUAUCUGCCCUAUCACUUUCUCCUUGCUACAGCGAGUGCCACAGGCUUUCUGCAAUACCUGGAUGUGUCGGUGGGUAAAGAGAUCGCAGCCAUCUGUACGAAAAUGGGGCGGUUAGACGUGAUGUCACAGAAUCCCCAUAAUGCUGUCAUUCAUCUGGGCCACCCAAACGGUACCGUCAGUCUGUGGUCGCCCAAUCAGAAAGAGCCACUUAUAAAGAUGUUAUGUCAUAGGGGUGCCGUUCGUUCCUUAACAGUGGACAAAACUGGCACGUACAUGGUGACAUCAGGUCUGGACAGAAAGCUCAAGGUGUAUGACAUACGAGCUUUUAAACCUCUUCAUUCAUACUUUCUGCCUGCUGGAGCCUCUUGCCUGUCUUUAAGUCAGAAAGGACUGCUUAGUGCUGCUACUGGAGAUGUUGUACAGGUUUAUAAAAAUGUUUGGGGAGGUGACCCUGUAUCCAAACCCUACAUGGCUCACCGUGUGCGAGGGCAGGUUUGGGGUGUUGCUUACUGCCCUUUUGAGGACGUUCUAGGAAUUGGACAUGGACAGGGCUUCACCAGCAUGAUUAUACCAGGUGCGGGAGAACCAAACUUUGACGCUCUUGAUACAAACCCGUACCGCAGUGCUAAACAGCGACAGGAAUGGGAGGUCAAGGCUCUGCUGGAGAAGGUGCAGCCGGAGCUGAUCAGUUUGGACCCUACGCAGCUGAGUAAAGUGGACCAGGGCAGCUUUGAGGAGAGACACAAGGAAAGAGUUGAGGUUUUGGGUUAUGAUCCAUUGGCAAAAGAAAAAUUUAAGCCAAGGACAAAGAAGAAGGGAAGAAGCUCUGCUGGUGCGAUAGAGAAACGAAAGAGGAAAGUGGCCCACGAGGAUCAGAGGGAUGUAAUUCGACAAACAGUAGAAGAGCGAAUGGAGAAGGAAAAACAGCAGAAGGAGAAAUCCAGUGAAAGCAAAGAGUUGGGCAAGAAGUCGGCACUCGACCGUUUUAGAAAACAGGGCAAAUAACACUCAGUGCACAAAGACACCUACUGUUGUGAUUUCGUCAAUUUUAUUGCUCUCUCAGUGUCUAUGCUUUGUUUGUUUAAUAAAAAAUAUACAGAAUCUAUAAGAAUUAUACAUGUGUAUCUUUAAAGACUUAAUGAAGUGGUUUAUGAACACAUUGUAUUCUGUUCUGUAUAUGUACAAUUGUGGAAAAUAUUGGCACUCUUGGUAAAUAUGAGCUAAGAAAGCUGUGAUAAUAAAUCCCUAUAUUUGGGUUUAAUUUUUAAAAAUGAUAAAAAUACAAUAUUUGAUUGAAGUAAAGCUAUUGAAUGUAGAGGGGGAAAUUAUGCAUUAUGAAAUAAUUGUUUUUCUCUUUUACACAUUGGACACAAUUAUUGGCACUACUAAAUAUUUUUAUAUAUUGAUAUUCACAUUUUCUUAGCACACCAUGUUGACUAGAAACAUGAUGUUGUCCAGUCAUGGCUUCACAAUGGGUAAACCCAAAGACUUUAGUUCUGAUGUUCAGCAAAAGAUUAAGCUACACAAAAUUGAAAGUGGCUUUAACCUCCUAAGACCUGGAUGUCCCAUUUCUGGACAUCAUUUUUUUUUUUAUGUUUGCACCAUAAUAUUUAAUUCUGUGUAACUGGAACCUGUUGUACACAAACAUGGACAAAUACACUGCUUUAUGUUCUUAGAAUAUUUGGUUAUUAUAUUUAUUGAUUCUUAUUAACUUCAAAAUAGCUGGAAGAAAUCUGAAAAAAGACAAACCAAAUCCCGGGUCUUAGGAGGUUAAGGAAAUAAUUAAACAAUAAAAACAUCUAUUUCCACAAUCAGGGAAAUAAUGAAGACAUAUAAAUCGACUGGAGAUGUUGCAAAUCUGUCUGAAAGAGGAAGUGUGUCUAUAUAUUGUCUUAAUGCCACCAUCGCCACAUGUUGUUUGAAAUACAGUUUAAGAAAUCCUCUUCUCUCAUGCAAAAACAAACUCCAGUAUAUUAAUUUGCCGAACUGGACAGGACUGGGUUCUGUGGCCAUAUGAAACAUAAAAUAUUUUUUUUGGCAGCAGGAACACAAGAUGACUUUAGUGCACACAGGGAUUCAAAGGUGCUGCAAAUUAGACUCAAAUAAUUAACAAAUAUACACACUUAUUUAACUUGAUGCACGUUACAAAUGUAUUUUAUGUAUUUUACAAUCCACGAGAAAAUGUCUUGAGAUUUGAAUAUGUGAAAUUCAGAAUUUAAAUGAAUGUGUAUCAUAUUAAAAAAAAGUGUGGACAGUG